AUGCUCACGCCAUCGACACAACACACCUCUUUUCAGUCCUUCGAUCGCCUCAAUGGCCUUGCAAAUAGUACUAACCCAGCAUAUCCAACCUUAACAGCCUCUUGCGAACCAGUUGAGCCUCAUAGAAACGAAGCAAUACCCUGCAACAAUGGAUUUCAGCCAGGCUGCAGCACCACCGAAGCAUUAUUGCCUCCUAUGUUAACAUUACCGCUUCUACAAAACACAUCUCGUCCGGCCACUCGGUUCAAUACUGGAUACCCUCAGCUGGAGGCCAAAAAGACAUUACAGCCCGGCAUUCCGCCUUCAAUAGAGGCUCUACGUUGUAAUAAUCCGGCCUCGGCCAUCUGUGACGAUAAUGACUACAAUGAAAAUAACGAAAUAUUCCUUACGUCAGCUUAUCAGUCGAUGUAUGCGCAUCAGGCACCCGCUGAACCACCAUCUACCCUAGAAGAUGGCCCCGGCACGAACGGCCAUGGAGCCCCUGAAAAUCUCGAAGAAAGGGAACAGGGCGAAGAUAUCAUAAUCAAUCAGGAAGAAGAAUAUGGUACAACUUAUACCAACGUCGAAUUUUUACCAAAGGAAGAUUCUGAAUCAGAGACGGGAACAGAGAUAGACUCCUUAGAUGAGCAGGAUGAAUCUGGUAACACUCAUGAGCUGAAUGACAUGAGUGGAUCAAAUCUCUCUAGCAAAACAAAAUCUAGAGAGAGCCUGGAGUUGCCUCCUCUUGGAUCAGUGGCUGCACGGCUGGCUGCCGCCCUUUCUUCCGUGGGUUUAUCCAGUCGUGCUUUUCGUGACAGUGAGCCUGUAUUUUCUAUAUUUGGCAAGCAAUAUGAUCGCAAGCUCGGCAUUUCAUGCCAUCGGAUCUUGGGGGCUCAAGAGAUGAUAUUGGCUCUAUAG